AUGGCUUCAGCUCAUAUACGGCGAAAAACUGACGCUGGGGAUCUUGCGGUAGCGACUCGGGGUGUAAUACAUGAGUAUGAAGAACGAAUUGCUUUGCUAGAGGCUCAGAACUCCAGAAUUUCUGUUGAACUGAAUGCUACCCAAGAUGCGCUGGUCGAUGAACGCGAGGAUAGACGGAUUGAGCGCCAGUCUCUAACGAUACCUGAAACGUCAAGCUUUCCUGCUCAGGCAGCGCCUGACAAGCAUAUCAGCGAGCGAUCUGAGCUUCUUUACGAGCGCAAGCUUCGUAUGGAGAUCUUAGACACUCUGAAGAAAAUUCGCGCUCAAAAUACGACGCUCUCUCAAUCCCUCAGAGCAGCUGAAGAAAAUUACAACUCUCUUGACAGCGUCCUGAAAGCUGAACAUAUAGAGAAGGAGGAGCUCCGCGGCGAGAUCAAAGAAUUAUCUCAGAGAAAUUUCACGUUGUACCAACAUAACAAGCUUCUUGUAAACCGAGACACCGUUUUGCAAGAAGAGAUUUCGUCUCUCAUGACGAAAUCUCAAGCAGAUGACUGGAUGCGCGGCAUUUUGGAGGAAGAGCUUCGGAAACAGCGAUUGAAACAAAGCUCUCCCGAUGACAACUCUCAUGAUAUCUCUACUAGUCCCCAUGUCCGCCAAAUCAGCGUCCCCGCUAUCACUUUGGAGCACCAGGGUCCCUUACGAGCGCAGCUUGUAGCUGCCCAGGAUAAACUAUUUAUCACACAACGAUGCCUCGAAGUUUCUGAGAAACAAUGCGAGGAGUUGCAGAAUAGAAUCUCGGGCCUUCAGCGUAAUAUAACCCAGUGCCUAGACUCUUCCGCUCAAGCCUUGGAACUGGAGCGAGAACUGCGAGCCGAGGUCGAAGAAUAUUCUCGCAGUCUGGCAGAGGAAAAUUCUCGUCUCCAAGAUAAGAUUCGGGAUCUGCAAAAAGCAGAGCGACAGAACGACACAGCAGUUCCAGAAAUCAAACCUGCUCUCGAUGACGUCUCCGACGCUCUCAAGGAUACGACGAAGAGGCAGGAAUCUUUGACGCACGCAGCUGUGCUAUUCGAGCCUCAUAUACCUCACCAUGAUUUAUGCGGAGACGUACAGAACAUCAGUGUAGACGUAAGGAAUGUUACUUUGUCACCAGUCGUCGACGGUCGCUCAGAUGAAUUUCAAGCGCGCGACGAAACUGCUCUCAAAGCGCGACAUCGAGAAUUAUUAUUCAACCAACAAUUUCGCGUAUCCUCCACAAAGAAAACAUUACAAAGAAGAUUUUCGCACUCUGCCUUAUUUUCUUCAGUGGCUCCACCAACAAUUACUGGUGAUCUGCCUGGCAUGUCCCAAUCGGUCAUGGGUAACACUUCUCCUUCCGCAUUACCGCGGCGAAUCGUGACACCGGUGAAUCACGGCCAUAACAUCAAAAGCUCAUCUGCCACCGCACCCGCACGUUAUUCCCGGCCCCCACUCUUAGGCACCUCCAAUCCUUUAGCUGCAGAAGCUCAGAUCCCUACUAAGCGUGAUUCUAUUGUGCUCAAACCUCUGCAUUUAGUUUCUUCUGUUGAAGUGACACCCAAACGCCUGACCCUAUAUGCUCCUUCUCGGCCGAUGUCUGUCGUUGAGCCCUCACCAACAUUUCCUCCUGCACCUCCAUCUACGCCCAAGAAGGAUCAGACCACUCAAGGCAAACCGAAUUAUUGGUUUCGAAACAGUUCUACAGCUUCCGCAGAUUAUCCGUGCACUCCUGAUUCUUCUUCUUCUACCCUGGUUGCAUCUUCUCCAGCACCAGCAAGCGUCGACAAGGGGAAGUCCAACGUGAUAGCUAAUACUCUUUUGAGAAAGCCUUCGCUCGAUUCCAAGCUGAAAGCGACGACUACUCUCUUCCUUGACAUGCACGGGGAUCGUGAAAAAUACCAACUAACAGACUCCAUCGCAACAAGUAUUACACAUAUUCAAGUUCUCCCUUCUUCCACCCACAUGCGAAGAGCAUCCAAAGUGCUACAUCGCCAAGAGGACUGGAAUUGGCGGUCUUGA